CGAGAGAAUUUAUUCGUGUAAUUCGUGUCCGAGCUCUAGUGUUCAUUUUAUAGAUAAUAACGUUUGUUUAAAAUGGAACAGCAUUGAUUGCCUAGACGCACCUACUUACUUUUAAACGGCUACAUAAAUUAACUUUCAUGUAUUUAUUGUGACACGUGAAUAGGAAAUAGAACUGUGCUAUUAUGUAAUUACCUAUUUACUUUUCUUUUAACUUCAGUGUGCAUUAAGUAAACUGUAUUUGUGUCUUAUCUUAACGAUUGCUAAUCAUUUAUUUUUAAUUACUCAACAAAUAUAGUAGCUUAUUUCGGUGUACUGCGCUCUCAGCUGACACAAAUACUAUUGUUUGUAUAUUGCAAUCCAGUGUAAAGUGACUAUCGUAACAAUUAUCGCAAGCCGGCUAAGUUGCCCUAACGCAUCGUUUCUGAGACGUUUGUUUUAAUAUCCAUUAUAUAAUGAACGUUCGGUUCGACUCAGUCUGCUUUCACUCGCGAUUAAUGACGAACAUGAUUGUGUUAUUUCGUUAUUUACACAACUGUUUCGGCCGCUAAAAGAUAAAGAAACCGAAUAGUGCAGAGCUAACUCGUCGUUCGCUAUCUUAUCGGAGCCACUCUAUUGAUCAGUCAUCAUUAUAUCGCGAGGUCCGCCUUAUACGGACCGGACUACCUUUAUUGUCCAAUUUAACGUGUAGACGUGUACUCUGAUAGGCACGAUGUUACCGGUGAAGUCAUAAUGUGUGCCGUGCAAAAAUAGAAUAACAGUGUUUACAGGAAAAUAGUAUCAAUAACAAAAGUGUUGUGGUUUGUUAUCGAACGGAAAUGGCAGCUAAAUCGCCCACAACCAGCGUGAAGUCGCGCGAGAUCAUCGGUGGCGACCAGUUCAGUCAGCGGCGCGAGAUCUUUGAAAAACACAAUACUGUGUUCCUGCCCUUACCCUCUCCCGGGGCCACCACAACCAUUUAUAGAGAGGUCGAGCCCAUCAUCACAUCUAACCACGGUAAAACCACCUCUAACUUCAAACGGAACACCAGUGGAUAUUCCAGCAUGAGGGAGACCAGGACUGAUGAUCGUCCGCAAUUCGAAUUUCGAACACGAAAAUACUCCGACAAUUUCACAUCUGAACUUAACCAAAGUGACGAUGUGGACUACAGGUACAGUACUGUAGAGCGAACAAGGCGACUCUCUAAAAUGAGAAGGGAUUUUCUUAACUCCAAUCUUCACGAACCUCAUGAGAGCAACUUUGCCCGAAGUGGCGUCCGCGCAUCCAUGCCUACUGCAAACGUAACGAAAUACAAAAUAGAAAGCCCAAAAAUUCACAAGUUUCCUUUUGCCGAACCCUACAGUACUCCGACACCUGUGCGUCGAAUUCUAGUAGAUUUAGGAUCGCCAGAUACUGAAGGAACAGAAGAAAAAGAGAACCUUAGCCCAGAAACCCGCAGGAAACAUCAGAGCUUGCCGCACGACCAAGGCUCACCAAAGACAGACCGACAAAAAUUAUUUGAAGAGUUAGUCAAGCGAUAUUCGCCACAGAGAAAACCUGUGGAUUGGACUCUUCCCCCAACGAGACCUAAAGUUGUAGGAUCAGUUCCAAAGUCAACAUCCAGUGGUCCAGGAAGCAUCGACAACACAGAUGCAGAGGACAAAGAUGAAGUCUUCGAAAAUAAAGAAAGUACUGAGUCCACAAAAGUAGACGAAAUUCAACUUAAUCAGGAAAUAAAACCACAUAUCGAAAUCUUGCACAAUGGGCCUGUAACGGUAGAAGAGAUUCCAGAGGGAACACAGAAGGACGAGUCAAAGAGCUCUCUUACAGAGUUAGAAGAGAAUGACUUCGUACCAGAACUGUCUCAUUUAAAAAGACAAUUAAGUAGAGAAUCCGUGAAAAGGCCACCUAUGGACGUUAUAGUAGACUUAACCAUUCCAGCAUUGAUAGACCAGAUGACGAAAGAAGGGGAGAAGAUUGAACAUCAAAAGACCAAUGGGAAAAAAGUGAAAAGGAAACGGAGCUUCCUUGAUAAACUUCUUGGACGUAAGAAAGAUGUUAGAAGUGAGAAGUGACAAGUACUAGUAUUGCCAAAGAUAUUAGAUCGAAAUUACGAUUGGUCCAAGUAAACGUGACGUCGAUUCGUUAUCGCUAAAAAGGUAUAUAAUUUAUAAUUUUAAAAGUAUUUUCAAGAAUCAAUUAUUGGUAUAAACUAAUGAAGGUCAUACUUCCUUCCUAUCUUAAUGCUGGUGGGUUAUCAAAAUUGAUAAGUUAGUGCCAUGUGACACUCCCUAUCUGCCGAAAAAUCGUCAGCUAACCCAUUUAUAACAUAAAUGUAUAUAAUUUUAUUGUAGAGAUGUUUUAAUAUUGUUUUCCGCUAUGACUCACAGCUAUUUUUGAAAACAAUCUGUUGUUACUUAUAACGUGGUAUUAAUAAAUUAAUACGUUCCUGAAUACGGUAAUUUAGGAAAUUAUUUUGCACAAUAAAAUUAUUGUUAUUAA